AUGGACAUUAUUGGACGGGCCAAAAUGGACAUGGACGCCCAUUUUGACAGCUCUAACCGAGUUGAAGGAAAAUUUGCCAAAAUCUUACCUUAUGGAGCUCAAGUCAAACUUGGGGAUAGUAGCAUAAGUGGACUGCUACACAUUUCAAAGAUAACUCUCAGAAGAUUUGGAUCAGUGAGCGAUGUGCUUCAGGUGGACGAAAGCUUAAAGGUUCUGGUUGUGAAAUCUCUAUUCCCAGACAAGAUCUCUCUGAGCAUUGCAGAUCUUGAAAGCGAACCUGGUUUGUUCAUCUCAGGCAUAGAGGGUAUGAGAUACUUGAAGAAGAGAAUAUAA